GUGGGCAAAGUGAAAAUACAACGGAGGUGCAGAGCAGAGCGGAACAGAGCAACGUUGGCAGAGAACUGAGCUGCAGCGAAACAAAUCAAAUCAAAUGAAACGAAAUCAAACCCUAUGUUGUACACAGCGGCCAAGUAAAUCAGUUAGUCGCAAAAAGAACGCCACGCGAAUUUUAUCAAAACAAUCAUAAGCUGACACACCGAGCGAGAGAACUAGGCGAAAUCGAGCAAACUGAAAUCGAAAUAGAAAAAAACACACCAUUAAACCAUUUAAAUAAAUUUAAUUUAUUUCCCUUUAAUUUGCCAAUAAAAUUUUUUGUUGUUGUUAUUUUUUAACGAAACAAAAGCAAAAAUCCAAGUUAAACGAGAAUUUUCAGUUCGAAAUAAUUUGCCAAAUUUCCAAAGAUUUUGUUCGCUUUAAAGCCCCGACAACAUAGUGAUAUCAAAAAUCAAAGAAUAAAUCUAAGAAAAAAAAAGAAAACUGAAUUUUGAUAAGAAAAAUUUUCUACAUUUUCUAUAAGAAAACAAAAACAAAACCAAACAACAAACGACAUAAAGUGCAUUAAACAAUAAAUCCUCAACAAAUAAUAAAUUAGCAGUAAAACUUGCAAUUCCGCCGCAAUACAACGAAACAAAAAAAAAAAAAAAAAAUAAAACAGAUAAAUUGCGCGUUUUUCCUCCGCUCCAAAUCAAUUGCCAGAAAUUGCAAUCGACUUGUAGUUGCAUCAACAAUUGCCAUUACCAAGGACAACCAAGCAAUCUAUAGCCUAGCAGCCCAGACCAGCCAAGCCAAGCCAGGCAAACAUUCAAAACCUACCACAAGGAUAAAAGCGACGAGGUCCUGACAACGCAGCCAUAAAUCAAAACUUUAUCCUCCAAAAAAAAAAAAAAAAAAACCAGUGAAACAGGAAACUUCUUCUCGAGUCAUUAGCAACAACUAAUAACACAACCUCAAAAACUACUCUCAGAAGCCAGCAGAAGAAAAAACAACAACUUUUAGCAAAAUGUCAUGGAGAUAUGCGCUUCCCUAUCAAAGAUCUUACACUCCAAUCAGUGACAGAUACAGUACUCUGUACUAUCAGUCGCCCAGUCGUCUGGAGACAGCUGCCGGCACCUCAAGUGAACAUACCACAGGACGCCAGUUGCAACGAGUCCUCCACUACUCAAUGACACCAUGCAUGCAAGGACCCCUAAGAUCCGAAUGUGCCAUUCAUGACGUUGACUGUGAUGAAGUGUAUCCCGGUAUCUAUAUUGGUGAUGCAGCUUCGGCGAAAAAUAAAACUUUCCUGCGCAUGAAAGGUAUUACACAUGUCUUAAAUGCCGCCGAGGGUUGUCGUUACGGGCAAGUUGAUACAGGGCACAGCUAUUAUCGUGAUAUGCCAAGCAUAAGAAGAAACAACAAAGACACUAUUUUCAGGUAUAUGGGCUUCCCAAUGGUUGAUGCUCCGACGACAGAUAUUUCACGUUAUUUCUAUGUGGCCGCCAAAUUCAUUGACAACGCCCUGAGCAGUGGAGGUCGUGUUUUGGUGCACUGUUUGGUCGGUAUGUCCCGUUCGGCUACGUGCGUUCUUGCCUAUCUUAUGAUUUGCCGGAAAAUGACCGCCGUUGAGGCCAUUCGCAAAGUGCGCAUGCAUCGUGAUAUUCAUCCCAAUGAUGGUUUCCUACAACAAUUGGCUGAUCUUGAUAUGGAACUCAAGCGGAAAAAUCUAUAUCCCUAUUAAACCAAAAUCUAAAAAAAAACCAAAACACAAAUCCCGAAUCAUACUUUAUAUUUAUAUUCUAAUAAUAAUUAUAAUUAUUACGAUAGACACAUAUUUAUGAUGAUAAAAUAAUGUAAAAAAUUGAAAUGAAAAUGAAAACCACAUAGUGAUCUAGUAAUGAGACCAUUUUAUUCGACCACUACUCAAAUGACUUCCAUGACGGACCCCAAAGAGGACAUAAUUGGACUGAAAACAAAUGAAUAAAUCCCAAGAACAACAAAAAAA